UAACGGCCAGAAAUUGUUGCGGCCACCGAGUAUAAUUUAUCUUUAUCUUAUUAUGAAAAAACUUUUACAUGUAUAUACGAUCAUGAUAUGUUAUGGAAAUCUGGGAAGCAUGGCUCUCGCUCAUGGGUUGUCUUGUGAUUUUCGCUCCAAGUAUUCUCUCACAAGUCUGCCUGUUACUGCUUGUGCCACGGCCCCUCAAUACAGCUGCCCCAUUUUUAGAGAGAGGUUUUUGCCUCUGCAAAUUUCUCAAAACCCCUUUCUGUCUCCUCUCACAGUACCCGAAAGACACGUACUCUCUCCUAAGAGUAUUCCCCGAGUGCACUUUCUCUCUCUAGAUAGCUUGAGGAGAAGGUACCACAAGCAAACAGAAGUGGUUUCAGGUGUGGAGGAGGAGCUUCCCCCUGAGAUGGUUUCCACAUCAGAGCCACCCAAUCUUUUUGAUGGAACUACCAGGUUGUACAUCUCAUAUGUUUGCCCAUUUGCUCAGCGUGUCUGGAUUGCUAGAAAUUACAAGGGACUACAGGAUGAGAUGAAAUUGGUUCCUAUUAAUCUGGCAAAUCGACCUUCUUGGUACAAGGAAAAAGUUUAUCCUCCUAAUCAGGUUCCCGCACUUGAGCACAACAAAAAAGUCAUAGGAGAGAGCUUGGAUUUGCUCUAUUAUCUUGAUACACAUUUCGAGGGCCCCAAACUUCUUCCUGAUGAUCCAGCCAAGAGAACAUUUGCAGAGGAGUUAAUUGGGUGUUGUGGAGACUUCAUAAAAGUGCGCAGCGCCUUUUCUAAAGAAGAUAUAGAAGAGGAAGUGGGUCCUCCUUGUGAUUACUUGGAAAGUGCUCUUUCCAAAUUUGAUUUUGGACCUUUCUUCCUUGGUGAAUGUAGCAUGGUUGAUAUGUUGUAUGCUCCGUUCAUUGAACGUUUCCAUCUUUUCCUUUUGGAUGUCAAGAAGUAUGAUAUUACAUAUGGGAGACCUAGGUUGGCUACUUGGAUUGAGGAGAUAAAUAAACUGGAUGCCUACACACAGACCAAGCGUGACCCUGAGGACCUCCUACACCGCUUGAAGCAAAGAUACUUAUUCUUUUUUGACCCCUUGAACCUUUUGGACACUACAAGCCUAGACCAUCCUUGCACAUCAUAGCGUAUGUCGAUAGUAAGCACGCGGUGAGAGUGAGCGCGCGGCGAUAGUGAGCGCGCGACGAUAGUGAGCGCGCGUCGAUUGUAAGCGUGCGGUGAUAGUGAGCGCGCGACGAUAGUGAGCGCGCGGCGAUGGUAAGAGCACGACGUUGGUGAGCGCACGGCGGCAGCGAGAACGCAACGACAUGAGUGAACAAGGGGCAUCGCCGUGUGCGUAGCGCCAGCUACGGCAUUGCCAUGCAUGAUUAAGUGUUCGCCACUUGUCUAGCAGCAUGGGAGUUGGUUGCCACCCGUCAGCUUGGCUGUCACCUGCCACUUGAGCGGAUACUUAAGCCCUUCCCUCUCCCUCACGUCCUUCACUUUUUACUCCUCCAAAUCUCUCUCUCUCUAAAACAAGUUUUGGGGAGGUUCACUCCCUCACUUUGGAGUAGGCAUUGUUAGAGAUAAAGGACUGUAGAAGAAAGAUUGGAGGACACCAUUGUUGGCUAUGUAAGUGGAUUUCUACCCCUUUGCAUCAAGUUGUAAGAGUAUGAAAUUGAAAGUAUGAGAUUUAAGCAUGAAUUUUCAUGAACAAAGUACGAUGUCAAACACGUAUGUUGUGUUAUGUUUUCCAACAAUGAGGUCUUCUUUGCAUAAUAAGUUGGGCACUGUUAUCACUCUUGUGGAUCCUGAAAUUUUAUGGAAUGAUGCUUGUGUAAGUCUAGCCUAAGAUAGAAAAGGUUUCAUGUUGUUAUCUUGUAUGAGUUUGAAGUUAUGGAGUGGUCUUUGGAAUGUGCCAUGAGUAUAUUGUGAUUUUCCAUGGAACUUAUAUGCUUUUGAAAUAAUAUUUUGACUGAGCAAAUGAUAUCCAAUUGGCCUCAAAUUACCACCAUUUGAAAGGUUUAUGAGUCUACUUAGAUUUUAAUGUUUAUGUCCAGUUGAGAUUCUUGAUAGUUUGGAAGAUGUGUUUCAUUUAGUGCUUAUAUGCUACUGUUAGCAGAUUGUGAUAAUUUCUAGAAAUAUGACUUCUACUGUAUUAAAACUUUACCUGACCUAUUGAGGUCCAAAUGACCCAAAAACACAACCAUUUGAUAGAUGCAUGAGUCUUCUACGAUUUUUAUGUUUUAACCUUGCCCAAAUUCUGUGUAAAUGAGGAGUUAUGCUAAAAAAUGCUCCAGUAUGUCAUUAUUGACAGAUCUCACAGAAACUCAGAAUUUUGGUCUCCGUAGCUAUGAAUUUUGGCUUACCAAAUGGAGUCUAAUUACCUCGAAACCACAACCAUUUGAAAGCUUUGAAUGUCUACUAAAAGUUGCAUGAUAAAAUUGUUUCGAAAUCCUGCUAGGUUGCAAGCUAGGAUUUGAAUUGUGAACAUAUGUCACUAUGGGCUAAAAUUCAGUAAGAUUCAGAACGAUAUGCUGAACCCUUAAUUAAUUAAAUAAUGCUCUGUUAGAAAAUUGGAAUAGGAAUUUAGUUAAAUUUCCCUCACAAUUUGGGUGAUAUGCCUCAUUCUGUAUAUGCCCAUGAUUGAUAAGAAUAAUAAUGAAUUUAAGUUGUAUAUGAGUUAUGCACAUUUUAUGCAUAAAUGUUUCUUUUGAACAUAGGUUAAAUCCUGUUGCAAGGUUAUAAGACACCGAAAUGGCAUGCUUAUGAUCCUACAUAUGUUGAAUGUUCCUGACCUCUUGAAAAGAGUAAAUUAUGAAUGAAUAAAUGUUAUGCAUGCCUAUAUACACUGGAACUGAUAUAUGUGAUUUCUGGCCACUAGGCAAUAGGUCCCCCAUUAG